AUGCGAGAAAUCGUGCACAUUCAGAUUGGCCAGUGUGGCAACCAGAUCGGAGCCAAGUUCUGGGAGGUGAUUGGAGAGGAACACGGCAUUGACUGUGCCGGGAGCAACAGCGCGGCCUCAGCGCUGCAGCUGGAGAGGAUCAACGUGUACUACAACGAAGCCUACGGCAAGAAGUAUGUGCCCCGAGCCGUCCUUGUGGACCUGGAACCCGGGACAAUGGACAGCAUCCGCUCCAGCAGACUGGGAGCCCUCUUCCAACCGGACAGCUUUGUUCACGGUAACUCAGGAGCUGGUAACAACUGGGCCAAGGGCCACUACACAGAGGGAGCCGAGCUGAUCGAGAGCGCCAUGGACGUGGUGAGGAGCCAAAGCGAGAGCUGCGACUGCCUGCAGGGUUUCCAGAUCGUGCACUCUCUGGGCGGGGGCACUGGCUCCGGCAUGGGCACCUUGCUCAUGAACAAGAUCAGGGAGGAAUACCCAGACCGGAUCCUGAAUUCCUUUAGCGUCAUGCCGUCCCCCAAGGUGUCGGACACGGUGGUCGAGCCCUACAACGCCGUGCUGUCCAUCCACCAGCUGAUCCAGAACGCAGACGCCUCUUUCUGCAUCGACAACGAGGCCCUCUAUGACAUCUGCUUCCGCACCCUGAGGCUGACGACGCCCACCUACGGGGAUCUCAACCACCUGGUGUCGCUGACCAUGAGUGGCAUCACUACCUCACUGCGCUUCCCGGGCCAGCUCAACGCAGACCUGCGCAAGCUGGCCGUGAACAUGGUGCCCUUCCCUCGCCUCCACUUCUUCAUGCCUGGCUUCGCUCCACUCACGGCCCAGGGCAGCCAGCAGUACCGAGCCCUCUCGGUGGCUGAGCUCACCCAACAGAUGUUUGAUGCUCGCAACAUCAUGGCUGCUUGUGACCCUCGCCGCGGCCGCUACCUGACCGUGGCCUGCAUCUUCCGGGGCAAGAUGUCCACUAAGGAAGUAGACCAGCAGCUGCUCUCUGUGCAGACAAGAAACAGCAACUGCUUCGUGGAAUGGAUUCCCAACAAUGUCAAGGUGGCCGUGUGCGACAUCCCACCCCGGGGGCUGAACAUGGCGGCUACCUUCCUGGGUAACAAUACAGCCAUCCAGGAGCUCUUCACCAGGGUCUCGGAGCACUUCUCAGCCAUGUUCAGAAGGAAGGCUUUCGUGCACUGGUACACCAGCGAAGGCAUGGACAUAGGUGAAUUUGGGGAAGCCGAGAGUGACAUCCAUGACCUGGUGUCUGAGUACCAACAAUUUCAAGAUGUCAAAGCAGGGCUGGACGGCAGUGAAGAGGGCAGGGAGGAGGAGGAGGAGGCAGAGAUGGAGGCAGAAGAUACUCAACAGUAGCCAGGAGAGAAGCUAUAGGGCAGCCAUUUCCAGAAAUCUCUCUAAGAUCUGUGGCUGUCCUGAAGCCCUGGGAGCCCGCCCUCACCUUGGCACAGCCAAAGGGGUGGGCCUAUGGGCAUAUGUGGUGGUAAUGGCUGUCCAUAGUUACUAGCUAGGGCUUAACAGCCAAUGCAUGGUUUUUCUUUUUUCUUUUUCUUCUUCUUAAAUAGCAAGUGAAUUUACUGUAGUGAGCCCCAUUUACUUUUGACUAACUGUAGGUAGGCAUCCGGAUGAAGUGUAUGAGUUUGCCAGGAGUCCUUUGCAGCAGCUGGGCCCUCUUCAACCCUUUGGCGGCAUUGGUGGGUACCCAAUAACUAGGGCAGCUAAGAUGCCUCACUGAGUCCUCUUUAACAAAGCCAGCAAAGCCAGGUGUCUGAAGAGUGUGGGAGGCUCAGGGCCAAGGCAAGUGUGAGUCCGCCUCCAUGAUUGCACUGUGUAGACCUUAUGUACCGUUUGACAGGCUGACUGGAAAAAGACAAAGGGAAGCCAUGUCUCUCCUCUCAGCUCCCACCGUCCAAAAGACUAGCAAAAGCAAAGCAUUUCAGUCCUCGGACCUUUGUUUCCCAGUAACGGGCUUCCAACAUAUUUCUCUGGGUUUUAAGUUUCUUAUUAGCACUAGAUGCCAAUAGUUCACUAAUGAGGGUCCUUGGUUUUUCUCUUAAAGGCUGUUUGUAGAUGCCCUUUUCAUUUUCCCUCAGCAAUCACCCCUGAAGCUCCCUCCCGUACAGCCUCCUCAUUCUCUGGGAAAGGGCUUGGCAUGCUCAGCAACCAUUUGAAUGCAGGAGCGUAGCUGCAAUGCCGCAGUGUCCUCCUUGGUGACAGAGGACAUGGUCUCAUUAGGGAACUUUUAGUUUAGAUUAAUUUGCAAAGGCUGCCAUGGCUGACAGAGCUUUAACCAUUGCACGGUUGCAGCCUCGCAUCCCAACAGGACUGAACACACAGGAGACAAAUCAUCCAUCCGCAGCCUCCUAGGUCUGAGGUGCAUGGGUCUUUCUUUAAUGGCCUGCUGGAGUCCUUGAGGGUCUCUGUGACCUCUCCAAAGGGAGUUAUUUGCAUGAAACUGGCUUCUAGUGUCUGGGUUUGUCCCUGAGGGACAAACUAGGGAUGGAACCCAGGGCUUUGGGGUAUGCUAGGCAGUGCUUUGUCACCAGCUACUCCCUCGGACCUUUUUACAAUCAAUAAUAAAGUGGUGGGUGGAUGGAGCUGUCUUCAUAUAUGCACUGUGAGGAAAUAAUUACAACUCAUAUCUAGAGAAAAAUCAGGCCCCAUUAUUGGUGUGACUGGCCAGGCUCAUAUAUAUAUAUAUAGUAUUUUAAAUGCUUUCCACAUUUGUAUAAACUGAGAAGCAUUAGCAUGAGAUCUGUGCCUCUCCACUCUUGGAUGCUAACCGAGCUGCACGCUUACCUGGGUACUUUCAUUCUGAACCUCAAAAGGCAAUUACACAGAUGCAAGAAAGAGACUCACAUUCUUUCUAAAAUGUUCAUGACUGAAGACUUGUUCACUAAUAAUCAUUAAAGUGCAAAUAAAUCCCA